GUUUUGUUUUGCGAUAUUUCGAUCGAACACGAAUUACGUAAGGUUAUUUGGUAUUUAAAGUAAAACAAGAUGUCUUUCUUUUUAAAACGCACCAUCGGUGCGGGGCUGGGCCUGGGGCGCGUCGUUUUAAAUAACGCCAAAGCGCCGGUCGUGCAGAGUGUAGCGUGGAAGAGCGAGACCGCCGCUCCUCAAGUGGAGACUCGGCCAACAUACGCAAAGCUGGAUCCCCUGCAGAAGUCGCAGCUGAUAGACUUCGGUAAAUACGUAGCGGAGUGCCUGCCGAAGUAUGUGCAGAAGGUACAGAUCACGGCGGGCAAUGAAUUGGAGGUGUUGAUUCCGCCAGAGGGUGUGAUCCCCGUCCUGUCGUUCCUGAAGGACCACCACAGCGCGCAGUUCGCGUCGCUGGUAGAUAUCGCGGGGGUGGACAUCCCGGCGCACCCUCAGCGGUUCGAGAUCGUGUACAACCUGUUGUCGCUGCGCUACAACUCGCGCAUCCGCGUCAAGACGUACGCCGACGAGCUGACGCCCGUCGACUCGGCCUGCGAGGUGUUCAAGGCCGCCAACUGGUACGAGCGGGAGAUCUGGGACAUGUAUGGAGUCUUCUUCGCCAACCACCCUGACCUUAGGAGGAUACUCACAGAUUACGGCUUUGAAGGCCACCCCUUCAGAAAGGACUUCCCUCUCAGUGGCUAUGUGGAAGUGCGUUAUGAUGAUGAACAAAAGAGGGUAGUGGUGGAGCCCCUAGAGCUGGCACAGGAGUUCCGCAGAUUCGAGCUGGAAGCCCCGUGGGAGCAGUUCCCUAAUUUCCGAGGCAACCCUGCUGCUGAGGAGGUCACUAAUACCCCUGAGGCACCCAAGAAAGAAUAAAUAAAUCAAUCAAUAAGUUAUAUCUAUACUCUGU